AUGUUUGGCGUGCUGCAGGACGCGGGCACCGUGGCGCACGGCGCGCUGACCACGCUGACCGAGGCCGACUUUGAGUCGCCACCCUCGGGCGCAAAGUCGGAGGAGAAUCUCGCCGCCGCAUUCCGGCAACUCGACGCGAUCGUCGGGCUCGGCUCGGUGAAGACGUUUGUGCGGCAGCUUGCCGCUCAGAUGCAGCUCAACGCCGAGAGGCGCGAGGCCGGGAUGAAGGCGGCGGCCGACACGUCGCUCCACAUGAUGUUUGUCGGCAACCCGGGCACCGGCAAGACUUCCGUCGCGCGAAUCGUCGCCGCAAUCUACAAGGCGAUGGGGCUUCUCCGGUUGGGGCAUCUAGUCGAGGUGGACCGAUCGGCGCUCGUUGCUGGGUAUGCCGGCCAGACAGCGAUCAAGACGCGCCAGCUUGUCGAGUCGGCGUUGGGCGGGAUGCUCUUUGUGGACGAGGCGUACGCGAUCGUCACCGACGAGCGCGACCACUUUGGCCGCGAGGCGCUCGACACGCUCAUCAAGUGCACCGAGGACUUUCGUGACGACCUGGUGGUGGUGCUCGCGGGGUACCCCGACGAGAUGAAGCGGCUGGCCGCCUCUAAUCCCGGGAUCCGCUCGCGCUUCGCCACGACGAUCAGCUUCCCCGACUACACCGCCGAAGAGCUCAUGGCGAUCACCGACGCGCAGCUCGCCGACGAGCAGCUCGUGAUCGCGCUAGAGGCGCGUGCCAGCCUCGGCAGCAUAUUCCGCGCGAUGGUCGCGGUGCGCGACCGCGAGUGUGGCAACGGCCGGGCAGUGCGCAACCUGCUCGAGCGGGCAAAGCGAGAGCAGGCGCUGCGGCUGGUGGGGCUGCCCGGCAAGAAGAGCAAGGAGCAGCUGAUGCUGCUGCUCGCCGACGACUUUGCGCCCGUGCUCGGCGAGCUCGGCCUAGCGGGCCGAUAG